UCUCUCUCUCUCUCUCUCUCUCUCUCUCUCUCUCUCUCUCUCUCUCUCUUCUCGCUGUCCGUCCUUCCAGCGGGCUGUUUGUCUCCUUCCUCGCCCACAGUGAGGAGAUCAUCUUUUCUCCACCAUCUUUGCGAUCAAACGCCGUUCUGACGCUGCAGCAGUUGCGCUGGCGCGCGCGCGCUCUCCUGCGGUGAAGCACCCCACGCGUGUCGUUGAUCUCUGGAAGCCCGCCUGCAUGAUUUGCCUCUGUCACAUCCACGCCAGGAGUUGAUUUCAGUUCUCCGAGAAAAAAAAAAGUAGUAAAAGAAAAAAAAAAAAAAGAAAAAUGUGGCGGCGCGCGGCAGCGACAGUCUUUGUUUUGGUGUGUUUUUGGGAGGAAACACUCGCAGGUUUUCCAAACCAAAUCAACAUCGGUGGGCUGUUCACGCGCGCCACGGUGCAGGAGCACAGCGCCUUCAGGUUCGCUGUCCAGCUGUACAACACCAACCAGAACGCCACAGAGAAACCCUUCCACCUCAACUACAACGUGGACAACCUGGAGUCCUCCAACAGUUUUUCUGUCACACACGCCUUCUGCUCCCAGUUCUCCCGUGGAGUUUACACCAUCUUCGGCUUCUACGACAGGAAGUCCAUGAACACGCUGACCUCCUUUUGUGGUGCUCUGCACACCUCCUUCAUCACGCCCAGCUUCCCCAUCGAUGCUGACGUGCAGUUUGUCAUUCAGAUGAGGCCCAGCUUACGAGGCGUCAUGCUCAGCCUGCUGGAGCACUACCAGUGGGAGCGCUUUGUCUACCUUUAUGACACCGACAGAGGAUUUGCAAUCCUCCAAGCCAUCAUGGAGUCAGCUGUCGCCAAUAACUGGCAGGUGACGGCUCGUUCAGUGGGGAACGUUGCGGAUCCCACAGAGUACAGACGCAUCAUUGAGGAGAUGGAUCGCCGGCAGGAGAAACGCUUCCUCAUCGACUGUGAGGUGGACAGGAUCAACUCCAUACUGGAGCAGGUGGUGACCUCAGGAAAAAACAGCAGAGGAUACCACUACAUCCUCGCCAACCUGGGUUUUUCUAACAUGAGCCUGGACAGAGUCUUUUCUGGUGGAGCCAACAUCACGGGUUUCCAGAUCAUCAGCCCAGACAGCCCCAUCGCCCAGCAGUUCCUGCAGCGCUGGGAGCGCCUGGAUGAAAGAGAAUUUCCAGAAGCCAGAAAUGCUCCAUUGAAGUACACGUCAGCUCUGACUCACGAUGCCAUCCUUGUGAUUGCUGAGGCCUUCCGAUACCUCCGGCGUCAGCGAGUGGACGUGUCUCGGAGGGGCAGUGCGGGUGACUGUCUGGCCAACCCGGCUGUGCCCUGGAGCCAAGGCAUCGACAUAGAGAGAGCCCUCAAAAUGGUCCAAGUACAAGGUAUGACAGGAAACAUCCAGUUUGAUACAUUUGGUCGAAGAACUAAUUACACAGUUGAUGUGUAUGAGAUGAAGUCAGGCGGCCUCAGGAGGGUCGGCUACUGGAAUGAAUAUGAAAAGUUUGUAUAUGUAAUGGAUCAGCAGGUCACCAACGAGUCCUCUUCUGUGGAAAACCGAACAAUUGUGGUCACUACUAUUAUGGAAGCGCCGUAUGUGAUGUACAAGAAAAACUUUAUGAUGCUGGAGGGAAAUGACAGAUACGAAGGCUACUGUGUUGAUUUAGCUUCAGAAAUUGCAAAACAUGUUGGGAUAAAAUAUAAGCUCUCAAUAGUUCCGGAUGGAAAGUAUGGAGCCAGAGAUCCAGAGACUAGGACGUGGAACGGGAUGGUGGGUGAACUCGUUUAUGGGAGAGCUGACAUAGCUGUGGCUCCACUCACUAUAACGUUGGUGCGAGAAGAGGUGAUCGACUUCUCUAAGCCCUUCAUGAGUUUGGGCAUCUCUAUUAUGAUAAAGAAGCCUCAAAAGUCCAAACCUGGCGUGUUUUCCUUUCUGGACCCUCUGGCCUAUGAGAUUUGGAUGUGUAUAGUAUUUGCCUAUAUCGGCGUGAGUGUGGUGCUCUUCCUGGUCAGCCGUUUCAGCCCAUAUGAGUGGCAUCUGGAUGAAAACGAUGAGGCCAAAGACCCUCUGAGCCCCCCUGACCCUCCAAACGACUUUGGGAUUUUUAAUAGCCUGUGGUUCUCCCUGGGUGCCUUCAUGCAGCAAGGAUGCGAUAUCUCACCAAGGUCUCUCUCCGGACGUAUUGUUGGAGGAGUUUGGUGGUUCUUCACGCUCAUCAUCAUCUCCUCUUACACGGCAAACCUGGCUGCCUUUCUUACCGUGGAGAGGAUGGUUUCUCCGAUAGAAAGUGCAGAGGACUUGGCCAAGCAGACGGAGAUUGCCUACGGGACUUUAGACUCAGGAUCCACAAAAGAAUUCUUUAGGCGCUCCAAAAUAGCUGUUUACGAGAAAAUGUGGUCAUACAUGAAAUCGGCCGAGCCCUCGGUCUUUGCCAAGACAACACCAGAUGGGGUUUCCCGAGUGCGAAAAUCGAAGGGAAAGUUCGCCUUUCUUCUCGAGUCCACUAUGAAUGAGUACAUAGAGCAGCGGAAACCAUGUGACACCAUGAAAGUGGGCGGAAACCUCGACUCUAAGGGCUACGGUGUGGCUACACCUAAAGGCUCUGCAUUAAGAAGUGCUGUUAACCUGGCAGUGUUAAAACUGAAUGAGCAAGGCCUCUUGGACAAAUUGAAAAACAAAUGGUGGUACGACAAGGGAGAGUGCGGCAGCGGGGGAGGUGACUCUAAGGACAAGACGAGCGCACUAAGCCUGAGUAACGUGGCUGGAGUCUUCUAUAUUCUGGUGGGAGGGCUCGGCCUAGCUAUGACCGUGGCUUUAGUAGAGUUCUGCUAUAAGUCACGGCAAGAAACCAAAAAACUUAAGCUGACAAAGAAUGCCCAAAACUUUAAGCCAGCCCCUCCAGCAAACACCCAGAAUUUUGCCACGUACCGUGAAGGCUACAACGUGUAUGGAAUGGAGAGUGUUAAAAUCUAAGGGGAAUGUGUUUAUUCCCAGUGGAUGGGGGGAGGGAGGGCGACCGCUGUGUGUGAGCCCAACACACCGAGGUGCAUUCUGGAGGCAGCUUGGACCCGAGCGCAACGCCAACCUGCACUCAUUCUGGAACUUUGAGGCUGGACACAAUCACAGGGCGUUUGCUCCUGGAAACAUGGGACUCACCUCUUGUAGUGCCUUAAGGAGCAUUUAGCAUCAUGGCAAUGCAAAUCAGAUUGUGUACAUGUGGGUGGAACAAGACAAGAAAAUAGGAUUUCUGAAUAGGGGUGGGGGUGGGUGUCAUUCUAUUUUGAAGGGAAAGACAAGAAAAAAAUAAGCCAUGAUUUGCAGUCAAAACAUCAUUAGAUAUUUUGAAUUCUUUACAGACUUAUUUUUGUGGUGAAAUCUUAUGUUGUUUAAAUGUUCUGUUUAUAGUGAAGUCAUUUUCAUAUUCUGCUCUUAGACUAUUUUCAGUGUCAUAAUAUUUAGGACAAAGAAUCAGUAACUUAAGCGUCAAUAAAAGCAGCCCAAGUUUUACUUAGAAAAUGUCCGACUGGAGGUCACCUCUAAUAGUGUUUGUUCAGCAUCAACAAAAUU